AUGAAUAUAUUGACUGCUCGAGUACGCGUCGCUGGGACAUGGUUCUCCGCUAAUUCAGUAAUUAUCAAUCAGAAGAAUUUUGCAUUUUAUCGCCCUUCAAUAGUUCACCCGACUCGCUAUUUUCAUUCUUCGCUCACAACGUAUUAUGCUAACAUACAAGGGCCUCCUCAAUCGACUUUUGAUAAAAUAUUGAUUGCAAAUCGUGGAGAAAUCGCUGUUCGUGUAAUCCGUACAGCCAAAAAAAUGGGUAUUAAAACAGUAGCAAUCUAUUCAGAUGCGGAUGCUCGAAGUUUGCAUGUGGAAAUGGCAGAUGAAGCGGUCCAUGUAGGACCUCCACCAACAAAUCAAAGUUAUCUCAAUAUCCCCAAUAUUCUCCAAGCGAUCAAAUCAACUGGAGCACAAGCUGUACAUCCAGGUUAUGGAUUUUUGUCGGAAAACUCGCAUUUUGUGAAAUCACUUAACGAAGCAGGAAUCGUGUUUAUAGGACCGGGAGAAUCAGCAAUGGCAGAUUUAGGUGAUAAGAUUCGAAGCAAAAUUAUAGCUAAACAAUCUGGCGUUAAUACUAUCCCUGGUUUUGAUGGCGUCGUAAGGGAUAAUGAUCAUGCUUUAGAAAUCGCGCGAUCGGUCGGUUAUCCUGUAAUGUUGAAGGCUUCAGCGGGAGGAGGCGGAAAGGGUAUGCGCAUUGCAUGGAACGAUCAAGAUGUUAUUGAUGGUUUCAAAAUUGCAUCACAGGAAUCAUUAUCAAGUUUUGGCGAUAGCCGUUUAUUAAUUGAGAGAUACAUCGAUAAUCCACGUCAUAUUGAAAUUCAAGUUCUCGCAGAUAAAUUUGGAAAUGUAUUAUAUUUUCCUGAACGAGAAUGUUCAAUUCAAAGAAGAAAUCAAAAAGUUAUUGAAGAAGCACCAAGUACUUUUUUAGAUCCAGCAACACGUAAAGCUAUGGGAGAACAGGCUGCUUCACUCGCUAGACACGUCGGUUAUGUAUCAGCUGGGACAGUUGAAUUUUUGGUGGAUCCUCAGCGUAAUUUUUACUUCUUGGAAAUGAAUACACGUCUUCAAGUUGAGCAUCCUAUCACCGAAUAUAUUACAGGAAUUGAUUUAGUUGAACAAAUGAUUCGUAUAGCAGCAGACCAGAAAUUGUCGAUGACUCAAGAAGACAUAAAAUUUCGCGGAUGGGCGUUUGAAUCACGUGUAUAUGCAGAGGAUUCAGAAAAAUAUUUACCAUCUAUCGGACGUCUUAGUAAAUACAUAGAGCCACAAAGCUCAACUGAUAAACACGAAGUCCGUUGUGAUUCUGGUAUCGUAGAAGGGAGCGAAAUCAGUAUAUAUUAUGAUCCUUUGAUUUGCAAACUUUCUACUUAUGGAGAAACAAGGGAUGAAGCCAUUAAUAUCAUGCUAAAAGCUUUAGAUUCUUAUGUUAUUAAAGGCGUUACUCAUAAUAUUCCAUUACUUCGCGAAGUUAUUUCAAGCCGAAGAUUUCGAUCUGGUAAUAUAUCCACAAAAUUUCUUGCAGAAGAAUAUCCAGGUGGAUUUAAAGGUCAUGUUGUCAAAGAUGAAUCUCUACAUGAACUUAUUUCCAUUUCUGCGUUUGUUCAUGCUAAACGUGAUUUGAGAAAUUGGAGUUGGAUUGAUGGAAAAGAAACUUUAUUUAGAGGUGACUUGAACAAAAACGCACCAAGUAAAUGGGAUCUUUGGAUAACAAUUAAUAAAAAUAAGGUUAUUGAACCUAUUAACGUAAAAGUUGAGAAAAAAAACAUGAGCGAAGAAGAAUUUGAGAUCCUAAUACCAAACCAUCCAAAAACUAUAAUAUCAGCUAAAUGGCCAUUGGAAUCACCACUGAUUAAUGCAUUUCUUCUUAUUGAUAAUCAAGAAAACAAGACGUUAAUUGCGCAAUAUGUCGAUCCUUUACCGAUUGGCUUCCGAUUACAAUAUGCAGGCACAAAAUUUGAUAUCACAGUCCACACACAACGACAGCAUGAGCUGAGUCAACAUAUGAUCGAAAAACCAAAACAAGAUUUGUCCAAGGUGAUAUUGAGUCCUAUGCCUGGUAGUGUUGUAAGCGUGGCCGUGGAAGCUGGCGAUAUGGUUGCUGAAGGAACCGAAAUUGCUGUAGUAGAGGCCAUGAAAAUGCAAAACAUAUUACGCGCUUCACGUGCAAGUAAAGUGAAGAAGGUUAACGUUAAACCAGGUGAUGCAGUGGCUGCGGAAGAGGUUAUAGUAGAAUUGGAGGAU